UCUCACUACCAGUACUGUACUCGGAGCAGUGCGCAGAGCAACCGCCCCUGAUCGAAGCGAAAUCCAGGCGAUUGGACCGGUAAGGCGAGAAAUUAUCCGCCAUUGUUGUCAAAGAUGGAAGCUUUCUUCGCUCCUCCGUGCCCUGCGUUCUCGUCCCGCUGUUGUCUCCUCGCUCUUUCCCGAGGACCCCAUCGGAUAAGCCUCGUCUUCGCGGCUGACGCGUUUCUCGCUUGAUUCGAUGCGACGCUGCCACGAAUGGGCGAGUUGGUGGGCAAUUGAUGCACGAGAUUGGUUCUUGGUCCUCUCGAUUUGUGUGGAGGAUGCGCUCGUGAGGUUUCCGCUCGAGAUUCCCGGUACGCUCUCGUGAAUCCUGGUGCGGUUUGUGGUGUUCUGGAUCUGCCAGCGAAUUUUCCAGGGUUUCACUCGAUGCUGAUCGAUUUUUACCAAGGAAGAAUUCGCAGCUUGCGAUGAAUGCCCAAUCUAAAGCUCGGAUCUUCGCUGAAUUUAUGUGGAGAAGGUGAUCCGUUCGUCUCCUUUUUCUCUCUUCUUAUCCGGAGAUUUUUGCCAUAAAAAGGGGGCGAGCUCGUGAGAUUUUGGUCAAGAGGCUCUUUCUGAUGUGGAUUUCUAUUUGCAAACCCGUGGGCGAUCACUUUUCAGCUUAUCUAAUCUUUGGACAUUUUCCUCCCGAUCUGGUUAUCUAACCUCGCCCCUUUCGCUGAGAAAAAAAAUGGGUUCUUCUUGGCAUUCCAUUGAUAGCGUCGUGGAAGAGAUCAUGAAGCUUCACCGAUCUCUUCCACCGCGGCCAGGAGUAGACGUGGUUGAGGCCGCAAUGGCGCUGGUCUGCAACGUCGAAAAGGAAGAGAAGGCCCGGAUCGAAGCCAUCGAAAGGCAGAACAAGGGAUUCGAAGUCCCCGAAGAGCUCUUCUUUGUGCUGCAGGAGAUGCAGAAGAAUGCAGUGAGCUAUCAGAGCAAAGAGCAGAAGAGGGAAGCUCUUAAACUGCUUGAUCUGGAAAAUAUCCAUGUCCUGUUCGAUGAAUUGAUCCAGAGAGCAUCUAGCUGUGUUCCUUCAAGCUCUAGCUCUAGCACUUCUGUUACAUCAAUCUCUAAGAGUUCAGUUGCAGUUAGCACGGCCAAUUCUAAAGCUCCAACAAACUGUUCGACCAGUGUUUCAUCUGUCUUCUACUCCGAGAAAGAGGUCGGAACUGGCAGCAGUGACCGUGUUUCGAAAGAUGACAGUUUCUUGAGGAAGCCGAAAUCACACGUCGAUGCAAUUGGUAACAAUUUACAGAUGUCUAGAGGAUCGGUUUCGAAUUUGGUCAACGGGCAAGAAGGUGGUUCUGGGGAAGCAAGCGGGAAGCUGAACAUCAUUAAACUAGCUAGCUUGAUCGAAGUUUAUGCAAGGAAACAUGCUCGCGAACUUGAUCUCCAGAAUAAGUUGAUGGAUCAAAUAGAUUGGCUACCUGACUCAAUUGGGAAGCUCUCUGACCUGGUUACACUUGAUGUUUCCGAGAAUCGCCUUGUUGCCUUACCCGGUACAAUUGGCGGCCUUUCUUCUCUAACGAGAUUGGAUCUUCACUCAAAUAGGAUUGCUCAAGUUCCCGACUCCGUUGGAGAUCUCUAUGGCCUUGUUUUCCUCGAUAUGAGGGGCAAUCAAUUAACAUCGUUGCCAUCUACAUUUUGUAAACUAGUUCAUCUCGAGGAACUCGACUUGAGCUCGAACCAGCUUUCCUCGCUGCCGGAUGCUUUUGGUUGUCUUACAGGACUGAAGAAACUAAAUGUGGAAACAAAUGAUAUCGAGGAACUUCCCCACAUGAUUGGUCAUUGUGUUGCUCUCGUCGAGCUUCGAGCAGACUACAAUCGCCUGAAAUGCCUUCCUGAAGCAAUUGGGAGACUAGAGUCUUUGGAGGUCCUCUCUGUCCGCUACAACAAUAUCAAAGGCCUUCCAACAACAAUGGCAUCUUUAUCGAAGUUAAAGGAGCUCGAUGUUAGUUUUAACGAGCUCGAAUCAAUACCCGAGAGCUUGUGCCUCGCGACUUCUCUUAUCAAGCUAAAUGUAGGGAAUAACUUUGCCGAUUUGCAAUCUCUCCCACGUUCCAUUGGCAAUCUGGAGUUGCUCGAGGAGUUAGAUAUAAGCAACAACCAGAUCAGGGUCUUGCCUGAUUCAUUCGGGUUGCUCUCUCAGCUUCGCGUGCUUCACGCGGAAGAGAACCCCCUCGAGGUGCCACCAAGACAUAUAGCUGAGCUAGGUGCACAAGCUGUGGUGCAAUACAUGGCGGAAUUAGUCGCGAAAAGAGAUAUCAGAGUGCAACCGGUGAAAUCCAAGAUGAGUUGGACUCAGUUAUGCUUUUUCUCAAGGCCACCUAACAAAAGGAAACCUUUGAUGGCUAUGUGAACUGAUGAUACAUUGUAAUCGAAUGUGGGUUUACGAUAUCCUCCGGCUAGUUUUGUUGUUUCACUCGUGUUUCGUAUGGUUUUAAGUCUGCAAGAGGCUUGCCUAUUACUUGUGAUUCUUUAGAUGUUUUUGUAUUUAUGUCUUCAUAAUGUAGUGCAGAUGUAGUUUUGUUUUUCAUUCUUGUAGAAUUCAAGAAAACUUAUAGGUUCUUUCAGUGUUCACAAAUUGCUUGAUUUUUAAAGUA